AUGCUCUCUUUGGUCCUUUUUGGCAUGCUCUUGACGGUGGCUGCGGCAGACACGCAAGAGGCGAGAUAUCCCAAGAGAUCUCUGUCAAUCACGGAACAGGUGACCAUGCAGAUCGAGAAGGGCAAUGUGGAUUUUUGGCAGAAGGAUCCAUUGGAUUUCAAGCAUUUGCCGUUUCGAGAAAGGACGUUGCAAGAGCCAGAAGAGUCUGAAGCUAUGGAAACCAUGAUUGACUACAGUAUUGGUGGCGCAGUCAACUUUGACAACAUUGAUGUCGAACAGGCACGAGAGCCUUCACAGUCACCCACACCAGAAGACACGCCCCAGGAAACUCUGGAAUUCACGCAGGAUGGAUUCUUCUUCUUUGGAGAGGUACUCACUGGAAAUCCAUCAGAAGCCGAACCUGUGCCAACAGUUGGGCCAUCCAAAAUGCCAACCACACCCUCAUCGCAACCCACACAAACAUCUCGGCCUUCAGAUUUCCCCUCCAAAUUUCCUUCCUAUAGUCCUUCCAUAUCUGCGCUGCCAUCGUUUCGCCCUACCAAGAGCCCAUCGAGCUCGCCCACAACAAGCAUGCAACCGUCCGACAUGCCUUCCGACGUACCAUCCAAUGUGCCGACAAUUUCCAUGGAGCCCAGUGCACAACCGUCGAUUUCCCUCGAGCCGACACUCUCGGCCAUGCCUUCGGAUAAUCCAUCCGAUAUCCCUUCAGAUGUACCCUCGGAUGUACCUUCCGAUGUACCUUCUCUCGUACCAACGCUGGCCGAAGAAGACAGGGAAGACAUGGGUUUGACCAUGCUGUUCGUCACAGAUGCGCCCUCGGAUAGGCCGUCCUUUUCCGCAAUGCCAUCCUGGCAUCCAUCCACAAGUGUUGCCCCAUCAUUUACUCCUUCCGAUCUACCCUCCAUUGUCCCCACGUACUCCAUGAGCCCGUCGGAUACACCGACUGUUUCAUUUUCGCCAACCAUCUCGAUGGAGCCAUCUCUGUCUCCAACAUUGAGUCCAUCUGACCGACCUAGCAUAGCUCCAUCCUUGUCAGCGAUGCCGUCACAGGAACCAACGGCAACUCCUUCCUUUUUCCCGUCGGAUGCUCCCUCCUCUGUUCCAUCCAUACAGCCAACACAAAGUUCCUUUCCUUCCAUGCCGCCAAGUUCCUCUCCCUCUUUUGUCCCGUCUGAAACCCCGUCGCAGGUACCCAGUCAAGCUCCUUCUGAUGUUCCUUCCAGUCCACCGUCAUCUUUACCGUCGACAAGUCCUUCGGCAAGACCAUCCAGCACGCCAUCCAUGAGCCCAACCAUGGUUUGUCACGAUGAGCCAGACUACCGGAGUCCCUUCAACGACUUUGAAUGCAAACAUCAUGAGGGACAAUCCUGUCUCAAGUGGAGACACUUUCUGACGCUAGAUGAUUUGGAGCUACUCAUUAUUAAUUGUCCCGUGUCUUGUGAAGUCGACUGUGGAACUGCGGCAAAGUAUGACAUUGAAAUUUCGUACCAAAUAUCCAGAGUGCCAGGUCUUUUGGAUGCAGCCACGGUGGGUGAUCUCAACGAACUUACCAAAGGAUUCCUCAUUGACUAUGUUCGAGUUAACAAGGAGCCAACAAAACAGAUUUUUAUUGACAAUGUCGAGCUUCUGUCGCAAACGAUUCUGAGUCGAGAAACUCGGAGGAGGAUGGCAAUAACACAAAAUGAAUUCAACAACAACCAUCAUCACAAGAGACAACUCGAGGGAUUCAUCAAUCUUUGGGUUACCGUGGCCCUUCGUGGCAUUGCUUUCAAUAUCACCACGGAGGACACUACAACUCGAUUCAUCAACGGCGUGGACAGCACCGGCUACUCCAACGCCAUUCAAAACUCUGGAAAUAAAGACUUGUCUCACGCCUAUGCAUUCUCCGCCGCUGCCAAGGAAGAUGACAGCAUAACUCCUCUCUUGGAAGAAGUCCCAGAAGAUGGCAACGGGUCGUCAGCGGCUAUCGUUGUCGUGAUCGUGGUGUUCAUAUUGGCGGUGGCCUGCGGGGUCAGUGCAUACGUUUACCACAAACAAUCUCCCAAUGGACUGCCAUUCUUCCGAAGUCGCCGAAGAAGAAAGGUGGUUGUACGGGAUGUGCAGAGCCCAGAAUCACAACAAUUGGCCUCCCACGUCGGAAGUAUGUUCUCUUUUGAUGAUUCAGCCACAGCAGGUACCAACGGUCUCAUGAGAUACAUUGGCAGUUUCAGCAGAAGCAAAGAUUCGACAAGUCCUGGCAGUAGCGCUCAAGAAUCAUAUCAGAACGAUAUGGAUGAUGAUGAUAACGACGGCAACCAUUCUCAUGACGAAGAACUGGGGCAGAUGAUGACACCAACCCUGGACGAAGAAGAAAGCAGUGUCGUAGAGGAAGAAGAGCCGCACCCACUCACUGGCAUCAUUCCUCCAAUGAUUGUAUACGAUCACAUUGACGGCAAUGGGGAACAGGAGAUGGAAGUUAGAAAGACUAGAAACAACUCGGUGGUGCCUUCCCGUCGGGUCGAGGCAAGUUCCAGCUUUAAAGCCGUGCUUGGAAAGCGAAAUAGACCGUCUGCAACAACCGAUCUGGCUGAAUAUAUGAGCGAAACGAGCAAUUUCACAUCAAACCCUUCGUUGCGAUGGAACAGGCUUGAAUCCAGGCGCCCAUCCCCCAUUGGUAUCGUGGUUGACAGCGAUGACGACGUGUCCGUUGCAUCAACACCGGUUCGUCCUCUGCGCCAAAGAGACCUCAUACCGACAUCCCACCGAAAGACAAGAAGUCUCGACGAUCGCAGUAUUCUUGAAUCACUCAGCGACAUCAUAGUGUCUGAGCUUGACUACGGAGCGAAUGUCUCGCCCAUCGAGCUCCCAGCUCUCAGCCUGACGCCAAUGGCUUUGUCACCUGUCAAGGGGAAGCCAACGAGGCCACUACGCACGGCGUCGCCACUCUUGGCACUCAAUAGUUCGCCGUCGAGUAAUGCAAAUGCAUCGCUUGAGUAUGAAGUAGAUCCGGACCCAUCGGGUGGCAGCAGCCAAGCUGAAACUCCACAGGCUUUGAAGGGGAAUUCAUCGCAUUCGAUGGGUUCCCGAUCGUCGAGGAAUCUGAACGGCGUUGGACAAAAUGAACCAAGAAACUCGUUCUGGAACCGAAGUCCAAUCGCCAAGGGGGUCAAGGAUGCUAUCUUUGCGGCAAAGAGAGCCAACACGCCAACGCAGCGAUUAGGAUCUCCAGGAACUCCCACCCGAACCGAUAUGCAGCCAAAACGACUCAUCGGCGGGCCUCCGUCAACGCCUCCUACAAGUACGGAUGUGCCGGCAAGAAGAAACUCGGUGGGGACACCGCCGACUCGAACUGACGUUUCUGGCGCUCGACGGUCUUCAUCGAACCUCCCCCCACCUACUACUCCCACAAGCAGAUCUGAAUUUCAAACCGUGAGACGCAGUUCGACGCCUACAAGAAUGGAGACUUUCAAACGGAUACCCACACCUCCGAGAGCAGACCAGCCGGUUCGAAGGAGCUCCAGUCCUAGCAAUCUGGUUUCGAUGAAGUCCACCAGCGAUGAGUCACAAGGCGAAAGCCGUCGUAGUUUGACCAUGAGGAGCGCUUCUUUCGGAACGGCACAGGAAUCGUUGGAUGAGGAACACGAGUUUAGAGCGCAGAGGAUUGGGAAAUUGGGUAUGGUGAUCAACUCUUCUCCUUCGACCGGGCCAUUUGUAGAACAAGUGAAAGAUUACUCGACUCUAUUUGGCCGCAUUCUUGCUGGGGACCGAAUCAUCGAAGUUGAUGGAGUAGAUACCACACAGAUGACAAUCAAAGAGGUAACAAAGCGACUCUCUGGAAAAUUCGGUAUUCGGGCUACUUCCAACGAAGUCCGCAUCAAAAUUGCACGCCAUCGCGAACGCGAAUGUGUUUGGGCCGAGGAUGAUGAUAGGCGAAGUGUGAACAGCGAAGACAGCUAUCGUGAUCCAGAACCGCUGCUGGAAAGAUUGUCAUUGCACAGCGGGAGCGAACACCGGCUCUCUUCCAAUAGUGGCAGCAGCAACACUACCCGAUCAGGCGAGGAAGUGUGA